CAUUUGACGCCAGGAUCAAAACAUUUCAUUCGAUGUACCAAGACUAGAGUGCACCAAGAUAAAGCGUGUAACUUUUGAAUCAGAAAAAGGCUGUCUUUACAAAUAGGUCCUAUAUAGGGUGCUACAUGGAUAAUAAUACUUUUAAAGCUAGGCUCAAAAAUGAAGAAGACAGUGGAGAAGAUGAAAAUGGAGAACAGAAAAACAAAGAGUCAAGGCCUGUGGUAAAACCAGGAAAAGGUGAACAUCCACUCCAGUUCAACUAUUGUUUUUGGUUCUCACGACGCACACCAGGAAAACAGACAUCUUCUUCCAGCUAUGACCAGAAUUUGAAAAAUAUAGGAACUUUUGCAUCUGUUGAACAGUUUUUUGCCAACUACAGUCACAUUGCCAGACCUGGUGACUUGUCAGGACACAGUGACUACCAUCUGUUUAAGGAGGGAGUCAGACCAAUGUGGGAGGAUGAUGCAAAUAAAAAUGGCGGCAAGUGGAUUGUUCGUCUUAAGAAGGGGUUAGCGUCGCGGUGCUGGGAAAACCUGGUAUUUGCUAUGAUAGGAGAACAGUUUAUGGUGGGAGAGGAAAUAUGUGGAGCUGUGAUCUCAAUAAGAUAUCAGGAGGAUAUUUUAUCAUUGUGGAAUAGAACAGCACAUGAUCAGCAGACGACGUCCAGAAUUAGGGACACGUUGAAAAGGAUACUAAAUCUACCGCCAAAUACAAUAAUGGAAUAUAAGAAACACAGUGAGAGUUUAAGUGAUAAUUCCAGUUUCCGAAAUACAUCGGUUUUUAUGAGAUGAAAAGAAAAAGUUUGGAUUGACAAAUGAUGGACAUGAAAACAACAUCAACAAGGUGCAUUUGAUCUCUGAAGAUAAAGAUGGUUUCCAAGCAGGUAUUAACAUUCUUCCCAAGGAACAUCGGGCGUCAUAGUGGUUCAGUUUAUGGUUAACAUUGUGCCCAUAUGAUCGUCCACGAUGGUUGUUUUUAUUGUGUUGAUUCUGGCAAAAAUCAGAUACUUUAUGCUGCAGUUUGACUCUGUUGCAAUGUAACACAAUAGUCAGUAUGGGAUUUCUGAACAUUAUCGCAUUGAAAGAUAAAGAAAAACAUGAUUCAUUGUUAAUAAUAUGGUUAUUUGUAAACUAGAUAAUAGUACUGAUAUAAAAAUGUUGAAACUUUUUUACUGCUUCUACAGUCUGGUUAAUAGACAGAACUUUCAACAGGCUGUUAUACAUUGUGUUCUUUUUUAAAUUUGGUUUGAUGCUGAAGGAUGCUGGUAGUGUGGUGUUAAAGUUUUCACCGGCACUCCUGACCAACGUACAGACAAAUGUGGACGUGAAAUGUUAUAAAAGGGAAGAACAUCUUUAGAGUAUUCAGCAGAAUUCAAAAUUAAGGAAACUUAUCCAAGAUUCAGGUCACUGUUAUACAAUUGACCAAUGGAGAAACUGGACAGGUAUCAGGAUCCUUGCCUCUAUUUUGAUACAGAACAGGUUGUUUUGUUGUAAGCAGCAGACUCAGAUGAUGUGUCAGUGUGUUUGCCAUCAGAGCAUUACGACAACAGACUUGGAAUUUUUUUUAUUUUUUUUUUUUUUUUUGUUCUUAUGAAAUGAAUCAAUAAAGCGACAUGUUAUUAAGUUUUAA